AUGGAAGCUGACAGGAUUGACUCUCGCCGGCUACGCCGCUUACAUCUCCUGGAUCUAAAUCAACGCGCGUGGAAUGGCGAGCAAAACUUGUUCAAAACGGCGUCAAGUUUAGAUUCGAGUUUGAAGAAAAAUACAGCAUUCAUCAAACGUCUUCGAACCUCCGUUAAUGCCGAGAAUCAACAACUAUUGAUUCGUGAGAUCGCUUCUCUUUCGCUUGAAAAAUAUCUUUCGGAGAUUAUUAGCGCAGCAGCAGAGGGAUUGGGAAAGUGUCGGCUGACAAAUGAUAUCUGGGCUGGUGUCGAAGUGACAUCUGCUCUGCAUCAGCGAUUCGAGGCAUCUUUCACCCCGACUUUGAUGUUGUAUCUGCUGCGAGCCUUUGCAAAUCCUACUCAAGCUCAGUUAGCCUCACUCACCCCGGAGCAGCGAUCAAAGGAAGACUCAAGUAGGCUCAUUCGUCAGCGAGGACUGUUACGACUGGUGACCGAAUUAUGGCUGUGUGGAGUUGCUCGAACUAGUGACGAUGCUCGAAAAGCUGCGGAAGGGAGUGCUGAUGCCAGCACGACAAAGCACAGCUCGCGCGGCAGUAGUUCUGGGACGUCAAGUCACUCUCGCGAUUCUGGAGCUCAUAUCAGUAUACCUAUUCCUCUUGAGGUUCUGCGCGAGCUGUUGAGCACUGAUCUCAAAGAAUUUUACUAUCUCCCUUUGGCGGCAGCAUUUAUCAAGAAUUUUGGUGUUGAUAUACUGGGUGCGCCGAAACGGAGAGCGGAGAGGCUAGAUGCUACGAAUAGCCAAGAGACUGUUGAUGAAGCGCAGCCGUCUCCGCCCUCAACUACAGACGCAUCAAAACCUGUGUCUGCCGACGAGUCUCAGAUUUACGGAGUCAUGACUUUGGAGUUAAGAAAGCAAUUCCGGGCAGUUCUUGAAUCUUAUUUCAAAAGCCUCUCAAUUCAUAUUCUGAAGAAUCAUAAGUUUUUGAAAGAGCAAGAAAAGCGAAACAAUGCGGCGUAUAUGCGUUCAGGGGAGAUUUUCGAGGAUCGACAGGCAAACUUCGAAAAAUUGCAGAAAACCGAAGAAAAAAUGCUUGCGAAUGCCCAAGUGUUGGCUGAUGCCCUUGAGAUUGAGAUGCCGGAUAUAUCUGAACAAGACGCCAAAGACGCUCCCACUCAGAGCGCACAGUUUACAUUCACAAAAGGCGGUUUUGGAAAUGGAUCUGAGGACGUCGGAAUCUGGGAAGACGAGGAGCAGAAGAAAUUCUAUGAGGAUGUCUUGGACUUACGAAUUCGGGUUCCUCAAGAGUUUCUAGAUUCUGGCAAUCGGAAGAGCGCAAGCGACGAUGAUUCCAACGCUACGCAAUCAAAGCCGACUGCCGAAAGUGAAUUGUUAGAAGUUGACGACGAUCUUGCAGAUGCAGAAUUGGAUGACAAUGGAUCGCUAGUGAUGAAAGCCGAUCAAGAGGCUGAUGUUGAGUCGACAGGUCCGGGGGGAAUAUCAAAUCCAUCAAUUGGAGCGCAGAUGGAUCUGAUCCUUCUUAGACUUCCCGAGCUUUCGACGCGGGAGUCUAUAGAUCAGCUCGCUAUUGAUUUUUGCUUUCUGAAUUCAAAGGCCUCUCGAAACAGGCUGGUUACUAGCUUAGAGUCUAUACCAAAGAAUCGGCAGGAUCUGAUUCCAGUAUAUUCAAGGUUGAUUGCGACUUUGAAUAAAUAUCUACCAGAUAUUGGGACGACCAUAGUGCGAUACUUGCAGCGUGAGUUCAAGGUUUUGAUUCGAAAACGUGGGAGUAUAGCCGGAGCUGGUAGCGGGGGAAUGGCAGAUCGGGGCUUGUCAGAGGCGCGAUCGCGAAAUAUUCGAUAUAUUUCGGAGCUGGUUAAGUUCCGUGUGGUUCCAGGCCAUGUUAUUUUCAAUUGCAUCAAGAUUCUGGUCGACGGCUUUGGCAGGAAUGAGAUUGAGACGUUGAGUAAUCUGCUCGAGUCAUGCGGACGAUUUUUGCUACGAAAUGAAGACUCCCGCGAUUUGAUGGCCGAGUUGCUGCAGAUUAUGUGGAAGAAGAAAUCCGCCAAAAUGCUUGAUGCGCGGGAACGAAUUCUGCUCGAGAACGCUUUCUAUUAUGUCAACCCACCCGAGCGACCGGCGAUUAUUCAGAAAGAGCGGUCGGUGGUGGAGCAGUACGUUCGGAAGCUGGUUUAUGUGGAUUUGAACCGACAGACGUAUCAUGGGGUGCUGAAACAGUUCCGCAAGCUGGAUUGGAAUGACGAAGAGACAGUGCAGGUGGUUGAGAAAGUGUUUCGAAAGAUUUGGAAGGUGAAGUACAGCAACAUAUCGUUGAUGGCUGUGAUUGCCGGAUGUCUGUCGGUUUAUCAUCAGGAGUUUAUCGUGCGAUUGAUUGACGGCUGCCUCGAGAGCGUGCGAGUUGGGCUGGAGCGAAAUGUUUUCAAGGAGAAUCAGCAGAGGAUCGCUACGGUGAAGUAUUUGGCAGAGAUGUUCAAUUACAAAGUGAUUGAUUCUCCGAUUAUAUUUGAUACACUGUAUACGAUUGUCGGAUUUGGGCACGAAGGAGGACGGCCUCAGCCGGGGGUAAUUUCUUCAGCCGAUCCGCCGGACGAUUAUUUCCGGAUACGACUUGUCUGCACGAUUCUUGAGACGUGCGGGAUGUAUUUCGAUCGAGGGAGUGGGAAAAAGAAGAUGGAACUGUUUUUGGCGUUUUUCCAGUACUAUUGCUUUACAAAGGUGACGCCGCUUCCGAUGGAUGUUGAGUUUGCUUUACAUGAUAUGAUUCAGUCAGUGCGACCGGACAUGAAAUUGAGCGAGAGUCUUGAGGAGGCAGCCAAGGGACUAACAGAUGCGAUGGCGAGUGCGUUUGGUGAUUUGAGUUUGAAUGGGGAGGAGGAAGAGGAGGAGGAAGAUGAAGAGGAGGACGAUGAGAUGGAGGAGGACGAUGAGAUGGAAGUGGAAGCGGGCGAGGUGGGUAACGGAGUGGGUGAAAAUGGUGAUGGAGAGGAUGAAGAGGAUGAUGACGAUGACGACGAUGAUGAUGAUGAUGAUGAAGACGAUGAUGAGUCGGAUCUUGAGUCGUCGUCCGAUGGGGAGUCGUCAGAAGAAGAGGAGAUUAUGAGGCGGAAUACGCCGGUAGUGGAUGAGGAGUUUGACCGGGAAUUUUCUAGGAUGAUGACGGAGAGUCUUGAGUCGCGGAAGCUAGAGAAGCGGAUUGCAUUUGACGUGCCGUUACCGAUGAUGCGUAUGCAGGGACAGGGCCAGGGUCAUCAUCAGCAGGGAUAUUCAGUUCAGGAUAUGACGAAGAAGGAUGAUGAGGAGGAGGAUGGUAAGCCGCAGGAGAAGAACAAGGUUCAGUUCCGGCUAUUGACAAAGAAGGGGAAUCGGCAACAGGUACACACGGUUGCUGUACCGGCUGAUUCUACGAUAGCGAUAUCUACACGGAAGAAGCAUGAGGCCGAGCAGGAAGAGAGAAGGCGGAUGAAGGACCUUCGGCUUGAGAGAUAUGGAGAAAGCCGUAAGGAGAAGCGGAAGUCAGAAAGUGGACAGCCGAUGCAGAGAAGGGAUAGUGGAGAGGGAACGGAGGACAGAAAGAAAAGUGCGGGAUGGGAUGAAUGGGUGUUAGCUCUCGAGGACGGCUCCUGA